AUGCUUGCUGCUGCUAUAGCCAUUUUCGGCGCCGAGGCCACUUCAGAGUGUUGGACCAAUGUUCAUAACGAAACAUUUGCUUGGUUCAGCAGCGCUCCCAUCACAUACAGCUUUCAUAUCGAAACAGCAAGCGAGUGUGAACAUUGGUGUGGCCAAACAAUGAAAUGCCAAGCCUGGUCUUAUAUCGGACAUUCCAGCCAGUGUGACCUUUACCGUGCGACGGCAGUAGCCAUUGCACCCAAUAAGGGCUUCGUGUAUGGCGGCUGUAUUCCAAAGCCAACCGCAGGGCUAUGGUCUGAGGCUGUCGUAUCAACAAGUUCGCAUCUUCCAAUUUCGUCCGUCGCAGUUGCCGCUAGCAGUGAUGCUGCGGCAAGUCCAAGCGGAGUGGCUCAUUCCAAGCGUGGAGUAGAGCAACACGGGCAUUACCUUCAACAUCGCUACCAUUCCCAUCGGUGA